AUGGCGGAGCCUGGGGGAGGAGGCUCUGCUGCUGCAGCAGGAACAGCUGCAGGAGCAGCAGCAGGGGCAGCAGAAGAAGCUCCGCAGCAGGGUUUCUUAGCACGUAUGGCUUCCAUGGUGCUAAAGAUAAUGUUGCUGCAGACAUUAAUAAACAUGGCAUCUUCUUUCUUUAAUCCUGCUGCUAAUACACCGCAGCAGCUGCAGCAGCAGCAGCAGCAACUCAAGAAUGUGCUGCAACCAGGAGCAGGAUUUCAGCAGCAGCAGCAGCAGCAGAGGGAGCAGAGGGAGCAGCAGGAGGAGAAGCAGCAGGAGCAUCGGACCAAGGGACAUCAUUAUCAUCAGCAGAAACAGGAGAAUCAGGAGCAACAGCAGCAGCAACAGCAGCAGCAGCAACAGCAGCAGCAGCAACAGGAAAGUAUGACGGAUGAGGAGGCAGCAGCAGCAGCAGCAGGAUUACCUGAGCGUCUCCUUAUCCAGAGGACCCAAUCUCUUGUACAAAAGAUGAAGCCAUUAAAAGGAGACGAAUCACAACAUUCUCUUCUCUUUGAUGCACCAGAUACAACAACUACAGAAGAGGACUCUUCUGCAGAGCCAAUACGCCAUCUAAAGAAUCGUCUAGAUGUCUCCUUAGUUUAUGAUACCUCCAUCCAUAACUCCGCGUCACUGCAUGCAGGGCCCUUACAGAGUCUUAAGCUCCGCUAUACAGAAGGGACUUACGAGCCAAUGAUUUAUAUUUCUGAUUUUUGGCUAAUUGAGAAAAAUUUUAUUCCUAUUAAUGAUACUCUUGCUUCCCAAAUGGCAGGAGUGCAGCAGCAGCAGCAGCAGCUAGGCCUACAGAAUGAGAAAGAAGGGUUUAUGCUAAAAAGAAUACUAAUAGAGACAAACCCUCUUAUGCUCGCCUUCUCUGCCCUCUUUAUCUUAGCACAUUCUGUCUUCUCCUUCUUCGCAUUCAAGAAUGAUAUGCAGUUCUGGUAUAAGAAUGAAUCUAUGGAGGGACUCUCUGCUGCUUCUCUUAUCUUCGGUUUUGCAUGCGAAGUGAUUAUAGGGCUUUACCUAUUUGACAGCCAAGAGACCUCCUGGUUGAUUCUCUUCGAAGUCCUGAUUGGCAUUGCGAUAUCUGGUUGGAAGUUAACAAAGGCAAUGAAGAUAGAGAAGAAAUCUUCUUUUCCUUUUAUUAAAUUUUCUUUUACAAGAAGUUAUUCAGAAUCAGAGACAAAAGACUAUGAUAGAACGGCUAUUAAAUACGCUAGCAUUGCAUUGGCCCCUUGUCUGGUUGGCUAUGCUAUCUACGCGCUGCUGAACAACAAGUACAGGUCGUGGUAUUCCUACAUCAUUUCUGUCCUUGCAGGAUCCGUCUAUACCUUCGGGUUUGUUCUAAUGACACCUCAGCUGUAUAUUAAUUACAAACUUAAAUCUGUUGACCAUCUCCCUUGGAGGGCCCUCAUCUACAGGUCUUUGAAUACAUUUGUUGACGACGUUGCCUCUUUCCUAAUAGACAUGCCAUGGAUGCAUCGGCUGUCUUGCUUCCGAGACGAUAUAAUAUUUAUAAUAUACCUUUACCAGAGAUGGAUAUACCGCGUCGACAAAAAUAGAAGACCUGGGGCAGUAGGAGAGGAGGGGACUGCCCUACAGGCCGGGGAGACAGCAGCAACGUCCACAUCUGCAAGCUCUGAGGUAAGCGCUUCUGCUGCUCCUGCAGCUGCUCCUGCUGCUGCUGAAGAGGAAGCAGAUGCUGCUGCUAAAGAGGAAACAGAGAAAGAGGAGACAAGCUCCCCAAGAGCCGCCAGCCAGAGGUGCACGGAGGAGCCCGAGGGCCUCAGGAGGCGUCUCCCGACGUCUACAGGAACAGAGGACAACUAA